UUCAUUUUUAGGACUGCUGAUUUUUAUUUGAAAAAAAAUCAUGGCUUCAUCAUCUGUGUGGGUUGGUAACAGAGGAACAGUCAAGGAUUUUCACGGUAUCAAUGCAGGCAAAGAUGCUGAUGACAUUCGGAAGGCUAUUAAAGGGAUAGGAACUGAUGAGCAAACACUUAUUAAUAUUAUUCCACAAAGAAGCAAUGCGCAAAGACAGUUGAUCUGCAAGGAGUACAAGACAGCCUACAAAUCGGUAAGUCCACAAGAAACUUUAUUAGUUUCUUUUGCUUGCAUACAGUGUUUUAAAAAAUGCUCUGAAAUGAAAGGUCAGACUUCGAGACCACUCAUGACUCGUAUUAAUGAACAUCGAAGCAACAUCAAGAACAAGUGGGAAACAAAUGCUCUCUAUCAUCAUGUAUUGCAACAUCAGCAAGCCCAGUUUAUGUUUAUGGUUAUUGACCGAAUUGUCGGUGAUAGAAGUAAUCCUCAAGGAUGGCACAGUAUUCUAAAUCAUAAGCCUUGGACACACAGAAAAGUCAACAAGGGUUCUGGAACUGAUGAGCCAACACUGAUAGAAAUCUUAGCAUCGAGGAAUAACUGCCAAAAAAAGGAAAUAUUGCUGGCCUAUCAAACAGCAUUCGGCCGGAUACUUGGUGAUGACAUCUCUUCAGACACAUCAGGAGAUUUUAAGAAGUGCCUCCUCCUUCUAAAGGAGGGCACAAGAGAUGAAAAUCCUAAUGUGGAUGAGAAUCUUGCCAAAAGUGAUGCACAGGCUCUUUAUCAAGCUGGUGAAGGUAAAUGGGGCACAGAUGAACAUAAAUUCAUCCACAUACUUUGUAUGAAGAGCAUCUCUCAACUGAGAAGAACAUUUGAAGAGUACAGGAAGAUGUGUAAUAAAGACAUUGAAGAAAGCAUUAAGGGUGAAAUGUCUGGAACAUUGGAGCAUGUACUUCUAGCAGUUGUUAAAUGUGUGAAAAACACCCCUGCUUUCUUUGCUGAACGACUAUGGAAGAGUAUGAAGGGUGCAGGCACAGAUGAAGCUACACUCACAAGAAUUAUGGUGUCCAGAUCUGAAAUUGACCUCCAGGACAUAAAAGCUGAAUACAAGAAGCUCUAUGGGACCUCCUUGAAUCAAAGUAUUAAUUCUGAUACCUCAGGAGACUACAGGACCACACUGUUGAAGAUUUGUGGAGGAGAUUAAACACUAGCAGGCACUUGUGAAAUGAACUAUAUUCCUCAUCUAAGAUUUGUGCUGGCAAAAGCAAGUGGUUGUCGUUGUUCAUUUUUCGUAUUUACUUUGACACAGCAGUCCUUAAGUAGUUCCCAUACAGUCAUUGUUGCAUCACUGCUUAAAAAGUGCUUAUUUUGAAAUUAGACUUUGCUUUUUCAUUGCUACUUUCUAUGUUAGACUAUGCACAUUUCAUGAUAUUGUUCAAAAAAUAUUGCGCCUUCCAUGUGAAAUGGGCAUUGUGUGAAAUGUAUUAAAGCUUUUAUAUUUUAAUGCUUUUUUCCUUCAGCCUCUGUGGGUGUCGUAUGCUAGAUUUAGAUCAUUUACACUACGUUUAUGGAUGGCAUCUCUGCAAUGUCUAAAUUUGAUAUUACACUUAGCAUUUGAAUCUUUCAUAUUGUAAUUAAUGUUACCUUAGCCCCACUGGUCUUUGUGUGUAUGUGUAUAUACUUGUAUAUAUAAACAGAAAACUAAUCCCAGAAGCCUUAAUAAAUGCACAUGUAAUGUUAA